GUUCCGAUUGGUCGGCGCGGUGGUGGUGGCUGCGCUCCGAUUGGUCGCCGGGGCUCGUGUACGCGACCACCGGCGUAAGGGCGCCGACGUAUCUCGCCUGCGUGAUCAUUCGCAGUGCGCGCGUCGUGGAACGUGGGAGUGUCGAUGCGUGACAAGUGCGCGGCGGGCGAGUACGAAUACCACGUUGCCGGUGUGGGAAACGCGCGCGAUCAAAAUGUGACGGUUUGUGGAUCUCGAUCAGGAACAACUUGCCGAAGGAUUCGUCGAUCAACGGAACGAACUUGGCCAUGAGCGAAAGUGCCUGUGCCCGCGAACACUUUUGGAGAACAUGAGAUUCUCGUAACAGGACGAAACGAUGGAGAACCAAGGCUUCGAGGAGGAGCCAAGAAUCGAAGACCCUGGUUACCCCCGCCUACGACAAUCGCCUACCCAGGAAUCGCAGACCUACGCCAUUCGUCCAGCAAGGAUCGACAUCUUCUCAUCGUUGUCGAAUCCUGACGGCCACGUGUACGAGGACAUCCUGCCUGCCGUUGAAGAUGUCUCAAAGACCUCGCACCCGUCCACUCGCGAGUCUCCUAGAUCCACGAGCACCGAACGCGUUACCUACGAAGAGACGCCUGUUAGGAAAGACGUCUCGGUCUUCCGUCGAAACCUCACGCUGCCGUUUCGUCAUGGCGGCCUCGAUACGUCCACGAGUUCUUCCGUUCGCGUGACGAGUCGCGAGAAAAAUGUCUGUCGCGAGGACACGGAAGCGAACGAGGACGCCUUGACCCAUGAGAUCUCCGCUCGAUCGCAGUCGAUCGAAUGCAGGCCGAACAGGAGACGCAGGAAGAAGGACUGCAAGCACUGUAGAAGCAAGGCUGCAGCCUCUAACACUCCUCACGAGAUGGAUGACAGGGAACAGAAGGAUACCGUGCUCAGGAAGAACAGGGAUAACGAACAGCAGCAAGGUCAGCUUUCUACCGAUAGUCCGCGAACCAUCCUGGAGGACUAUAAUUUUGGUAAUCAGGGAUCGCCGAAAGAAGAGUUUCCUAGGAAAGGAAAUAAUCCUAUGACGGUGUACACGAUCUCUGAAAAUGUUGGAGGCGACGAAAACACGGGGAAGCUGAUAGAAUAUGAACGCAGUCCUGGCCAGGUUAUCGAAGCAAACAAUAAGGAAGACAAAGCGUUGAUUGCGUCUGAGAAGAUCAAGGCUGGGAUGAGGGUGAACUCGAUCUACUCCCAGGAUCGGUGGUACGCCAAGGAGGGACCAAUAUUCUUCACCGAUGUCAAGGAACAUGGAUCGUUUCAGAGGGCGUAUUCCCUCCCCGUGCGAACACAAACGCCGUCCUCCCAAAAUCGCGUCAACCUACGACGAAGCGUCAGAAGGGAGCCUCCUCCACAUCCGGCCAGACUACAUAAACACCGCCAUGGUUGGACGCUGCAUUUCGCGCGGCCUCUCGAAGCUUCCGGAUGUACCAGAUCCGUCGUCAUUCUACUGAUCCUUAUUUUGGCUCUUUUAGGAAUAGGAGGUGUCGCACUCUACAUCGUGUUCGAGCCCGAGAAGCUGCAGAUGAUCCAACAGUACUUGAAGUUAACGAAAAGCUCAUCGCACAAUGAUACUCUAUCAGCAGGAAUGUUUCUCUCAAACGCCACUGGCAGCAAUCAGAACGGCACUUCGGCUGCAGCAUCGACGACACCGAUGAGCAGCACCUUGAUCGCAAGCAUCCUUUUAAGCAACGACCAAUCAUUUCCGCAGAGUGCCACUCCGCCAGUUUCAGAAGCGGAAACGGAAACGACGAGUCCACUGAACGUCAACUCCACCCGAUAUUGCGACGACUGUUUACACGAUGAAGUGUGUGUAGCUCUCGUGGACGAAGAGGUGCCCGUUUGCAGGAUCCGUCUCGAUAUCGAGGAUCCAACUGGUUGCGCUGGCUUCUGCGUUGUCAACAAACAGAAGUGCCAUCGUCUCGACGUGGACGCUUUUAGGUGCGUAGAGAUCGAGCAUUAUUGCCUGGACGACGAGUGGACGUGCUCGAACACGUUAUGCAUCCCUCUAACCAAACGAUGCGAUGGGCACAUGAAUUGUUAUGAUCAUUCGGACGAGUACAAUUGCGUCUGCGAUCCGGAGACGCAUUUCCAGUGCGGUAACGAGACUUCCUGCCUCCCGUUGGAAAAGAGAUGCGACGGCAAGAUAGAUUGCUGGGAUGCGGCCGAUGAGAUUAAUUGCACUCUUGGUCGUAAUCUUGGUCGGUCGUGUCCGUUGGAAAACGAGUUCACUUGCAGCGAUGGUCAGUGCAUAUCGAAGGCUCGUUUCUGCGACGGUUUAUCAGACUGUGUCGAUGGAUCUGACGAGCCUCACGGAUGCCAAGGAAAGUGCAACAAGCAGGAAUUCACAUGCCAAAACAGUAGAUGCAUCGCGAAGGGGAUGAAGUGCAACGGGAUCGAUGACUGCGGUGACGGGACCGAUGAGAGGCACUGCAAAGAUCGAUUUUCUUAAUUUUAUUCUCUCGCGUUGAAUGAGUCGGUGUCGUUCACCGCGUAUACAGUAUUUUUCUUACAGAGAGACGAAUGUAAUUAAUGUAUAUAAUAUAUAAUUAUGUAUAUGUAAAACUGUGCUGUAUAGAUAUGCAGUGGUGCGUAAUAAAUCGUUUACAAGCGGUA